AUGGAGUCAGAACUAACUUCGCUCCCUACCACGGAUCAGAUUCUCGCUCUCUCUUGUACGAACGUGGGCGUAGGUCCCGGGGGGACGACAGCUAUGCUUGCUCGCGUCGCGAUUGUUGACUACAAGGGCGACGUCGUAUUGAACACCUUCGUAGCUCCAACUAUGGAGGUCAGUGACUAUAGGACUACAACAACGGGGAUCGAACCUUCACAUCUCUUGUCCCCUGAAAUCCCGUCGUUUGAUCGAGUCCAGCAGCACAUUGCGGACCUUAUUAAAGGAAAGAUAAUUGUCGGCCACAGUCUCUGGCACGACCUGUCAGUCCUAGGUAUCGCGCAUCCCGCCGUGGGCACGAGGGAUGUUGCAUUGUAUCAACCUUUUAAGAAUGCACUUCGCUCUCCAAAUCAAGUGGUUGGGCUUCAAACCCUCAUGUGGCAUCUCAUGCGUCGCCGUUGCCAAGACGGUCAUUUACAUCCCGUGGAAAACUCUCGUGCAGCGCUCGAUUUAUACCGCACCGUUGCACCUGAGUGGGAGGGCGAGGUCUCAGCAGGCAAUUGGCCGUGCUCCCUUCCACCAAGUAGCUUUUCCCGCUGUUAUCUGUAA